GUGGGACUCGGAAGCUGUUCGGGAGGAAGCAGAAGGAUGUCACUGCAGUCGUUGUUGGUGCCUCUUUUCAAACUGUACUUGUGCGGAGUUAAAGUUCUUCUAUAUCAAAUAUUCAACCGCUCUUUUACUCUACCAGUCUUACCCAAGCAAAAUGGAAGGGUUGCCAUUGUGACUGGGGGUACCAGAGGAAUUGGUUUUGAGACAGCAAGACACCUGGCAAGCCUUGGCAUGCAUGUUGUCAUAGCUGGCAAUGAGACAGAAGAGGGUGCAGCAGCUGUGAGGAGGAUUCAUGAAGAGAGGCGCGAAGGAACAGCUGAGUUUGUCUUUGUGGACAUGACAUCACUAAAAUCUGUGCGGCAGUUUGUGCGGUUGUUCAGAGACCGAGGUCUUCCACUUCAUGUCUUGGUCAACAAUGCUGGGACCAUGCUGGUUCCUGAGAGACAGACAGAGGAGGGCUUUGAGUACCACUUUGGCCUCAACUACCUGAGCCACUUCUUACUGACCAACUUGCUGCUGGACCUGCUGAAGAGGUCAGGAAGACCGGGCUGCUGCUCUAGAGUCAUCAACAUGUCCUCUGCUACACAUUACGCAGGAGUUGUAGACAUGGAGGACUUAAACAGGAGGCUCCACUACAGUUCCCAUGGUGCCUACUCUCAAAGCAAACUGGCUCUGGUCCUAUUCACCUACUACCUGCAGGAGCAGCUGACUGCCAGUGGCUUCUCUGUGACUGCCAAUGCCGUGGAUCCUGGGAUGGUGGACACAGCGCUGUACGAUAACCUUUGGACACUCGCACAGAUGCUCAAAAGACCAGUGGCCAAGCUGCUGUUCAGGACUCCAGCAGAGGGAGCAUCUACAGCCAUCUAUGUUGCAGCUGCUUCGGAGAUGGAGGGGGUGGGGGGCUGUUACCUGUACAAUGGUGAGAAGACGCAGUCUGCAGAGCUUUCCUACGACUCAGAGCUGCAAGCCAAGCUGUGGAAAAAGAGCUCCCAGCUUGUGGGCCUUCAGGAGGCCUGAGACACUGCUGGAUACUUCUGCAUCCUCAUUACUCAUUUGAGGAAUGUUGUCUGGUCUUGAAAAACAAUAGUCAAUUUAUUUUGCUUCAAAACUCCAGAAAAUAUCCAGAAUUAUAAAUAGCUCACUCUUACACUACACAAGAAACACUCUAAUAACAUGUGCUGUGCCUGCCAGCCUCGGAUAUUCACCUCUCCUCUCCUCCGAGCAUCCAUUUGAAUCUGAUGUUCCCUCCAUCAAACAGUUUCAUAUUCAACAAUCACUGUAAUAAUUCAUCCACUUGUUUAAUAAAUUCCCUUUUUAUAUAAGAUUGUCUUAAGUUUAAUGUGAUCGCUUUUUUAUUAGUUUUUCCGAUUUAGAAUUGAUUUGAAAGUUGUGUUGGAUUGAUGUGUGGGGCUGUCUCCAUAUCAGAGUCUCACACCUUACUGAGGUACUGCAGUACCUCUACAAAAUAUUUAAAAAAUUAGGAACAAUGCUCUUCAUUAGUUUCAUAUAUAACUUUUACUCUUGUAUAACUGUCUGUGGUCCUUUUUGGCAAAUGAACUUAAAAUACAAGUUAAUGAAGGUGGCUAUAACAAUAACUGUACAAAAGCAUACAAUCAUUUAUGCAAAAAGAUAUAAAGAUGGUCACCAUGACAGCUAACUGUGGACCACAGACAUCAGCACCACACCACAUUUUUAAACCAGACCUUAAUAUGGUUAAUAUGCCAAACAAUUCUAAUAGAUCAUAAAGAUCUGAGCACGUGAAGCCUUAGCAGGACCUGCUCAGUGCCUACAAUUACUGUGUAUUGAUUUCAUUUGUACUGUUUCACUUUAUAUUUCCGUAUGUGUAGUGUAAUGUUGCUCUGGGUCAACCAUCUAAAGCAACAGACAGUCCGCAUAAAGGUGCCGGCAGGAUGGAGACGAGUGAUGAACUGAUGUCAGUUCAGUUCAGGAUUAUCAUAACAGGUGCCUUAAAGUGCUUAAACAAGAAUUAGACUCUGUAGAUGUCAGAGGCCCAGGCUUAAAUGAUUGAUUAGUGAGCAGAGUGCGCCACUCUGUGGACAAUGUGUGAAAGCAUUUUUAAGAUUUGACUCCUGGUGUUGACAUUUCAUGGAUUUCUUACAGCGUGCAUGAGUACGAGUUCUCUGAGUGACAGUUUAUUUUUGAUGCUCGUCCACACACAGCAAAAACGCUCUGCUCUGUUUCACUAUGUGAUGUUCCUCCAUCCACGGUUUUGCCAUGUUUGUGGAAAAAAAUACAUUAUCUGCAGAAUCAUUUUUAACAUUUUAAGAGGCUUUUGUGUCCAAAAAGUAAAAAACCAUGCAGACUGCUGUCAUGUUGUUUGUACUGUUGUUUGACCACUUUGCAAUGAUAAAUAAAACCCAGAGACAGCC